CUAGCAGCAGCAAGGAAAGCACCCCCUCAGCCAAUUCGAGAAACACUGCCACCACUCAUGCACCCACUGCACCCACCCGCAGCAUCCACUCGGCCCGGACACCACACCGCCGACAUCCGCAGCCGUCCUCAUGGGGGCGUAGGGGGGCGCCUCGUCUCGCUUGUUGAGGGGUGUGUGUGGGGGGCCGGUGCGGGGGGUGUGGGGGCAGGAGAAGUGGCCCGAGCGGGCCAUGCGGACGCGGUCCUGUCUGUCCCCCCAGGCCGAUCGGCCCUUCCCCCUUGGUGUGGGUGGAGACGUUAAUGGUGGUGGCCCAAAGUAGCGGCGGGGGCCGAGGAAGAGGUCCUUCUCCCUCCAGACGGUCGGCCGCUCGGCGUCCAGGGCGUCAGGGUCGGGGAGGGGGGCGGGACCGAACUCUGCGCUGAACUCGCAGAGCUUGUCCCGGUCGGCGGCCAGAGCCUGCAUCCUCUGCAGGCUGCACGCACGCACACACGCAGACAAACAGACUGUUUGUUGUGGUGGUGCAGCUCUCCUUUCCCCAACAAGUUCUCUCUUCUCCCUCCCUCCCUCCCUCCCUCCCGUCCCCCCUCUAGCUCUGUUGUGUUGCAUGCUUACGUUUCCGUGCCUCCCCUGUCCGGGUGCAGCCGACUGUCUUUGGCCACUGCACAUACAGAAGACAGACACACACAGAAGAAAAACAACCGUUCAGCCCAAGCCGCCACAAGCCAACACAUCGGCGAGACGGACUCGUCUCAUGCAGGUCUUCGCAUGGGGUGGCAAGGCCCAUGCAGCCGAGUCAGCGUACAUUUGCGGGUUAGAGGCACAUCGUUGGCGACCACAUUCUUGACUUAUUGUGUGCGAUAAAAGGGUCCCUAACGUCCACUUCGCCCACUGCAACACACCCCGCAGCCCUACUCGUUGCUUUGCUUACAUGUGCGGCGAAAUCCGGCAUCGAUGACGGCCUUGGAGGCGUUGUCGACAUGCCGGAGGCCGUAGAGGUCGGCCGACAGCUGCACCCUCGUCCCGUCCCUCACCGCGUCCCUGGCGGCGAGCACCCUCUUCCAGAGGUGCACGUCGCGCCGCUGGAGCCUCCUGAGGGCCCCAGGUCCGAGGGCGCCCAGCUGCCCCCGCGCCAUUCGCCUGUCCUCGAGGAGCUCGGGGCUCCGGUACGCCGCCAGCAGAGGGGACACUGGGGCGUGUGUCUCCUCGCCCAGCCGACGGCCGAAGAAGCCGUAGUCGCUGACCUCCCUGUCCCUCAGCAGAGCAGGCGGCUCUGUGAGGGCAGGGGCGGCGUGGGUGGUGGCUGAGGGCUGGGAGGGAGGGCCGAACGGCACCAUCGCCGGGGGGGGAGCGAGGAGUGCCGUUGAUGAUGCCAU